GCCAAAGGUUGAAGUAUUAAACACAUUAAGUUGUUAGUUUUUGGGAGUUAUUCAGGAACAAUUGUCUUAUAUUUUCACGCGAAAAAAACGUGAAGAUGAAAAUAAAAAAUAAUUUUAUUGUUCGGAACUUUUUCGUUUUCCAUCCCACUAAAAACGAAGAGGAAUGCAAGAUUUGCCGGAACUCCUUCAAGGGAUCCUACACUACAAAUAUGAAGAGGCAUUUGCUGCAGCAUCAUGAGGCAGCCUAUCUUAGCGAAAUGGAAAAGAACAAAGUUAAUGAACCGGCCGAAAAGAAAAGGAAAUUUGAAAUAACUAUGUCACGACGCGAAAUGAAGGAGGUAUUGGAGAAGAUCGUCACUAAUGUUCCAGCAGAAACUUUGGAAUCGGCUCCAUUUAAGGCAUUGAGUGAGCAAAUCUUUGCCGGACUAGAGAUGAAACCAGAAGAUUUCCUUAAUGCACAGGAAUCAUAAAUACAAGAUACGAUAAAGAGUAAAAAUCUCCGUAUUCGAUAGAUACUGACUGGGGGCCUUUGUUUAAAAGUAUAUUUUAUAUU